AUGCUUUCUGAUCAUCACAAAUUUUUACCUGAAAAUUUGGGAAUGCCCAUUCUCAGUGAAGAUAAUCAUUCAGAUUGCAGUUCCUCGAACAACAGUGGACCAUCCUCACCAUUUGAAAACAGUCAGACUUCUCAUAACUGGUCUAAUCUCCAAUAUUUUUCUGAACAAAUUGAAAUGUCUGAUUUCAACAGUGAAUCUAGUCGAUGGACUCCUGGUUAUUACAACAUCCCUUCCUACAAUUAUUAUAACAGUAUGGCCACUCCUUAUGAUCAGUAUAACUUAGAUGGGUCUUACCAGGUACCGCCAUACUCUGCGACUUAUCCUUUACCCAAUGAAAAUAGGGAGGCUAGUAAUGUCCCUUUGAAUUAUAAUGUUCAUCAUCAGAAUAAUUAUGCACAAAAUGAUAGAGCUUAUUAUCAACAGAACAGGGACCAUGUGAAUGGUAGCAACUACUCAGGUCAUCUUAACCAUGAAACGGUUGAUCCAGCUUACCAGCAGCGUUACUAUCCAGCUGAAUCUCAUCAACUUUUAGAGCUGAGUUCACCAGAUUCAAGUACUACCGAAGAGUCGAAUUCUGUUAGCCCAGCUAAAAAACAAGCAGUCAACAGACCAACUAAGCAUCGAGGACGUCCGCCAGCUCAUCUGCAAUCCAGUCUUUUAAGAGAAUUGCCUGCUUCCAAUUUGGAGAGGGUCUUCAUAUGGGAUCUGGAUGAGACCAUUCUUAUAUUUCAUUCUUUGUUAACUGGCUCAUAUGCUACAAAAUUUCAAAAGAAUAUGGAGGCUGUCCUUAGACUUGGUUGUGGUAUGGAAACUCUAAUAUUUGAGCUUGCAGACAAACAUUUCUUUUUUGGUGAUUUGGAGCUUUAUGACCAAGUCCACAUUGAUGAUACUGUCAGUGAUGACAAUGGGAAGGAAUUGUCUGGGUAUGAUUUUGCUAAAGAUGGGUUAGCUGAGGCUAAACAUUCAGGAGGAGCUGACAGGAUUUUGAAAAUUGCCUAUAGAUAUCGUGUUAUCAAGGAGUUAUACAAUAGGCACAGGAAUUCAGUUGAAGGCCUGCUUGAAUCUGCAAGAAGGGAGGAAAGGCUGGCCCUCAGAUCUGAUAUUGAAAGAAUUACUGACAACUGGCUUACUCUUUCCAAGACUUGUCUUGAACACAUUUAUGCUAGAGAAAGGUGUUUGAAUAUUCUGGUUACCGGAACACAACUUGUUCCAGCUUUAGCUAAGCUCCUUCUUUUUGAUGUCGGAAAAGUGUUCCCGAUUGAAAAUAUCUACUCAGCAACUAAAAUUGGCAAACAAGGGUGCUUUCAACGCAUUGUUUCUAGAUUUGCAAAUAGCAAAUGCACUUAUGUUGUAAUUGGUGAUGGUAUGGAAGAGGAGAAUGCUGCAAAAGAGAUGAAUUUUCCAUUUUGGAGGGUGUCUUCUCAUUCAGAUCUUGUAGCUUUGUACAGUGCACUUGAAAAGGAAUAUUUAUAA